GAAACUGUCGAAGAGGGAGCUUAUGGAGAAAUCGAAAAGUUAAUUCAUCGAUUUGUUUUGCAGGAAUCUUUUAUUAAGAAGCUUGAAUCGAUAUUUGAUACCGAUUAUGACAAAAUCGAAUCAAAGAUCUUUGAUGAGACAAUUGUUAAAGGGAAUAACCAGACAGAGGAGGCAAGGUUCAACUUCUUUGUAUGGUACACACUCUUAGAUUUCAAUGCAAACUUUAAAUACAGAUUACCAAGAUACGAAUGGAUUGAGAAAAAUGUCACUUUAAUAAAAGAGGCUAAUAACAUGUUUUUAGAUAAUAUCAGUCCGCGAAAGAUGGAUUUGCUUGUUUUACGUUUGUCAGAUGGAAUGGAAAUUUUGAGCACAGAAAUUUCAG